AUGGUAACAGCUUAUGAUAUUUUUGCUUUUACGCAAAAUUUUUCAUUAUAUUUUACAAUGACUAUUUUCGUUCUUGGAACUAUUGGAGGCUUAAUCAAUAUUGGUGUACUUACUACUUUAAAACUAUUUCGAUCUAAUCAAUGUGCUUUUUAUCUUAUUAUGGAAUCUACUUUCGAUACUCUUCAAUUAUUUAUGCUUUUUAUUAUAAAUAUUUUAUCACUUACAAUCAAACCUGAUCCUGGAAAUACUUCUCUUGCUUGGUGUAGAAUAAGAUUUGCAUUACCUCAAACAUUACGAUUAAUUGCAACGUCAAUGGUGUGUUUUGCUGCACUGGAUCAAUUUCUAUCAACAAAUCCUCAACUCAUAAUUAGACAGAUGAGUUCACUUCGAUUAGCUCAUCGUUUAACUGUUGUAGCCAUUCUUCUUUGGAUUUGUCAAAGUAUACCAUGUAGUAUUUUAUAUGAGAUUGUUCCAUCAAGUGGUUGUAUUAUAACUAAUGUUGGUUUGAUACAUUAUUAUUCUUUCUUUUAUUAUCCUAUUUUGCAUGGACUUUUACCAGUUCUUGCUUCAUCCUCAUUCGCUCUUUUAGCAUAUCGUAAUGUUCGAAAUCUUGUUCGACGUCAAGUGGCUGUUGAACGCCGUCGACUUGAUCGACAAUUAACAGCGAUGAUUUUCGUACGUGUUAUUUUUUUUGUACUCUUUUUAAUACCUUAUACUAUUUAUCGUAUUUAUUCACUCAAUGUUACAUUUACUCCAGCAACUCUUUAUCCAUAUGCUGUCGAUCAAUUGGUAUACACAAGUCUGGCAUUAAUGACAUAUCUUAAUCAUACAGUGAGUUUUUAUAUAUUUAUGGCAUCAUCAUCACGAUAUCGUCGUCAAGUUAAAAGUUUUUUCGUGAAAAAAUGUUGGCGAACACUGAAAAAUUUAUGUAAUACUGAACAAAAUACAGUUCAUCCGUCUGGUACAGUAUUAACUGCCGCAGACACCGAAGAUGAAUAA